AGACGCAAUGGCGGAAGUAAAUUCCACAGCCUACCGUUCUUGUUUUGACAGCCCAAACUAAACGUUAAAUUACAUCUUUCUGCUCGUAUAUGCUCUGACUUUUCUCCUGUCGUGUCUGAGCAGCGUCCACCCUAAAUAACCGACCCGACUCGCUGUAGCACUAACGUCACGGUCCGCGGAACCGACAAGGUCAGUCCAUGAGUCGCAGUCGGAACCCCCCUGCUCGGGGUCAAGGGGCAGCCCGAGCCAAACAGAUGGGGCUGCUCCUUGACCUGUCCCCAGACGGAGGGAUGGAUGAUGGAAAUGAUGACGAGCUGGAGGCAGAGCUGCUGAAUCUGGUGGGCGGAGGUGGAGGGAGACCACAAGGGAAGAAAGGUGAAGGCAGAGCUCCAGUUCCCAUGGCUGAUAUAGAGCGAAUGGCAGCUCUUUGUAUGAAAGACCUGGAUGAUGAGGACAUGGGGGAUGACGAUUUGGAGGAUGAUGAAGAUCUGCUGGCAGAACUAAAUGAGGUUUUAGAGGAUGAUGAGGAACAAGCUCCUGCUCCCACCCCUCCUGCCGUCACACCGACUGCUCCCAAAGUGAGCGUCACAUCCCACUCUGCUCCUCCUGCGGCUCCCAGUGGUGCAACUGGGGUCGAGUCUCGCCUAUUGGAUCGCAUAGACAUGUAUAAGACAGCCAUUGCCAAUGCCAAAGCUGCAGGGGAAACUAGCAAAAGUCGAAGAUAUGACCGUGGGUUAAAGACACUGCAGUCCAUGUUGACAUCUGUCAGGAAAGGAAAACCAGUCAAUGAGGAGGAGAUGCCACCUCCAGUUGCUCUCGGUGGAAAGCCCAACGUCCCAGCUGAGCCUGAAUCGAUCAAGGAGCGAGAACUGCCAGAACCCACACUCGUGCCCUCUCCUCCCACAAAUCAGAAACCUCUGAGGGAGGCUGCACCGACAGCUCCUAAUGCCAAGCCGCUCCAUCUGACUGUGCCCCAAAAGCCUGCUGCUGCCAUCACCCCAGAAACACCUGCCAUCUCUCCCCUCACCCCCAGCCAGCCUGACGCACAGCACUCAGAGGUGAAACAGGCAGUACUGUCCAGACAGAGGGAGUAUAAGAUAGCUGCCAUACACGCCAAACAGAGUGGCAACAUAGAUCUGGCAAAACAGCACUACUUCAUUGCCAAGAAGCUGGACGUGCUGGUGGAGGCACUGGACAGAGACAAACCAGUAGACCUGAGCUCACUGCCUCCUCCUCCUGGAGACGUAGUAGCAGAACACUGUGCACCUCCUCCCCAGUCUUCCUCUAAACCUGCUCCCCCUGCUGCACCUGCACCUGCACCUGCACCUGCACCCGCCCAGGUGGCCACGGCCGAGCUGCGUCCUCCCAGCACUGUGGCAGAAGCCCUGCAGCAGAGGAUGGACAUAUACAAGUCAGCAGCAGAGGGAGCCAAGAGCAAAGGAGAUGAUCGUAAGGCUCGCAUGCACCAGCGCAUUGUCAAGCAAUACCAGGAUGCCAUCAAAGCUAACAAAGCUGGACGUCCUGUCAACUUGUCCGAUCUACCCGUGCCACCAGGCUGUCCACCCCUUCAGGGCACAGAGGGGGGUCAGCAGAACUUCAUGGGUGUCCUGGAAACGGCUAUGAAAAUAGCAAAUCAGGAUGCAGACGCAGAAGAUGAUGAAGAGGAUGGACAGAGAGAGGCUGCCAAGCCUGCUGGGCGUCCAACUGCCCAGAAAGCAAAGUCGCCAGCACCUCAGGCACCUGGAGGCUCCUCAGCUCCAAAACUGGGACCUAAAGCCCAGCAGCAAGUGGAUUUCCUGUUGCUAAGGCGACAGGGUUUUUUGCGUGCAGCCCUGCGCUCCAAACAGAUGAAGGACAUGGCGGGAGCAGCGCAGCACCUCAGACAUGCCAAGGGGCUGGAUCCCAUGAUCACUGCUGCCAAGUCUGGCCUCCCUGUUGAUAUCACCAAGAUUCCCAGUGCUCCAGUCAGUGACGAGGACUACUCGCUGGCCCGCUCCCGCUCCUCCCCUCUCUCCCCGCGCUCUAGUGAACAGUACCACGGCCUCAUGGAUCUUUUGCGGAAGCAGCAUGAGAAAUGUUUGGGAUACUCUCAGCAGGUGACACUCAUGGGCAACGUGUCUGAGGCUCUGAAGUUCGAGAAGCUAGUUGAGGAGUGUAUGAAGAACAUAGAGAUACUGAAGAAUGCUCACGCCAAGGGCCAGCCAGUUCCCAAGUGCCGCACAGAGGAGAGGACCUUCAACAUUGCCAAGACCCACUCCAGCCUGACACUUAACGACCUGAUACUGUACAUCAUCAAAGGCAUCAACCUGCCAGCUCCCUCAGGUGUCUCACCUAAUGAUCUAGAUGCCAGUGUGAAGUUUGAGUUCCCUUUCCCCAGUGCGGAGGAGGCUCAGAGGGACAAAACCAGCACAGUAAAGAACACCAACAGCCCAGAGUUUAAAGAGAAUUUCAAACUCAACAUCAACCGCACCCACCGAGGCUUCAAACGAGUCGUCCAGUCCAAAGGCAUCAAGUUUGAAAUCAUCCACAAGGGAGGCCUGUUUAAAGGUGACAAAGUUGUGGGCACUGCUCAGCUGAAGCUAGAGGCUCUGGAGAACCACUGUGACAUUAGAGAGAUAAUAGAUGUGAUGGAUGGACGUAAAGCCACAGGUGGCAAGUUGGAGGUGAGAGUGAAGAUCAGAGAGCCAUUAUCGGGAGUCGAUCUCCAGCCGGUGACUGAGAAGUGGCUGGUUCUUGAUCCUGUGUCAUCCCUUUCUCCUCCAGAGAGACAAAAGGAGCGGGCUCCAUCUCCUCGGUCUAAACCCAGACAUGAAGUGGGCAGCAAGAGCAGUCAUCCCAGCAGCUCUCCUCCACAGUACAAACUCCACAGCUUCAGUAUCCUCAACUAUGACAGGGAGCGGCUGGAUAGAAAGAUUGCAGAGUACGAAAAGGCGCGACGGGAUCCCCCAGCCGACCUCGUCCAUCAAUACAAAGAGGUCACACGCAGACUGCAGUGGCAGAAAGCACAGCUGGAGCGAGGCUCUUCUGCUCUGCUGACAGAGUAUGAAAAUGUGUUGCGGCGCUCCUGCCAAGGGUAUGCUGACUCCGUGAAGAAGUAUUCCAGCCAAGGCAACAGGGAUGCUGCCAAGGAUGCACUGGGCAGGCUGAAGAUGGUAGAGAAUGAGUUGGAAUCGCUGAAAAGAAAACGCACAGGAUGAGAGGAGUGUUAAGGCAGUGGAGACUUGGCUGGAGUACUGUUAUAUCAUCUCUCUCUCUCUCCCUCUUUCUCAUACACACUCAUAUACAAACACUACAGUGGGUACUUUAAGCACCUUUAGCACGAUCCUCAUGUCCUUGACAACUGCAUGAACCAACUGGAUAACUCUGACAGUUGAUCAUAUAACUUGUGUCACGUGUGGUUUGUCGCUUGCCACAGUAAUUAAAAAGAAACCUGUGACUACAAAAGGACAAAGAAAUUAAAGCAAGCAUUAAAAUGUGUAAAGGGAGAAGCAGGCUUAUUUGCACUUAAACACCAGAGAAAGCUGACUCUAAAGACCUUACCUGUGCGCUGUUAAUUGUUUUUUUAUUCCCGUCUUUCCUUUGACAAUUGUUGGUAAAGAGAUCCGUCAGAAGACUUUACAUUUGGCACCAGCUCAGAGUUUUUUGGUGUCCGCAGAUGACCAAAAAAUAUGUGUGCAUGUGUGUGCGUGCUCUGAAGUGUGUUUAACCGACGAACCGAGGUGUUUUUAACCCCUUUUUCCCAUAUUUUAUGUGUGUAAUGAGCUUAAUCUAAUCUGUCUGCUCCAGUGUUCCCAGAUUACAGUAAUCUGCUCCGUUUGGAGUGGUGUGAUAUGGGAAUAAAAAAAACGGGGCUUCGGGGCGCCGCAGCCUACAUCCCAUAAUGAGGGAUUAGUGUUUGUGUCACCAAGGAGACGACUAGAUCAGACAUGGAGUCGCCUUUGGGGCUGGGGAGAGGGGGUGUUAGCAGCGUGCCAUGAAUGUGGUAGAAGCUUAGCUCUGCAAAAGGAUUGCCUCUUCUUCAUCAGCUGUUUCUUCUUUGUUGUCGUCUCCAUCUCCACGUUCCUCGCACUAAUUCCAUCGCGUACAUUCAUAGAUUAUUCAGAGUCAUGAGUAAUAGGCUGCUCCACUUGGAUUUCCUUUAAACUCUUAAACAAUAUUAAGCUUAUUAUGCUGUCGAUUAGAAAAUAAUUAACAGCUGCUGCGUCAGCUUGCUGCUAUUUUCCACAGAUUUUUUGGCAUAUGCAGUUUACAAAACCAGAUUCUGUCCCGCUGAGCUCUCCAGUGGCAGCGCGGUGGAUGCUGAAUAGUCUGCCCACAGGAAGACAACCCAAUAUGUGUCAGUACGGCUGGGUAAUUGCUCAUUUCUAUUUCUGUACCCCCAUAGACAUCCCUGUCAUAGGCAUCCUUGUCAUUCCUCUCUGCUUAACACUUAUUCUGACCAUAAAGUCAAGGGGACAAAAGUCAGACGAAUCCUCUAAAGCCUCGUAAGAUGUUUGACAAAUGCCCUUAAAUUAACGCUUUUGCCACAACAACACUAGAUGUACAUAAACAGUGACGUGACACGUGUCAUGUAUUCUGUUCUGUUUCAUACUCAGGACAGAUGUUUCCUCUGUGUGUUUGACAACCUGCUAACCAGGCGACAGCAGAUUGCGUUGAUCCUCGUAGAUUGCGUGCGGCCAGGAUGUAGCAGACUACUUUAAAUGAGCCUCGCUGUAUGUUUUAUUUUGACUCUUCGAUGUGGAUCAUGUCUUUUAACUCCACUAAUAGUUUUUUUUGGUCACGUGACACAGCAGCAAAUCAUGUGUUUGCUCUAAUCCACCCACUGCCCAUUAGCAAAUAAUCCUGGUUAAAGUUGGCCUGAUGCGGCCCUCCAUAGUCUGUGUUGAUUUUUAUGUAACACCCCUUCCCCCCACUCCUCUAUCAGGAGAGGAUGUCUUCUGAGUCUCUGUAAGUGGCAUGUUAUGGAGCUUUUGAUCAUCUGAUACUGAUGGACAGGGCAGUGGAGCAGGUUACUGCUUAUAGUGACAUGAUAACCUUUAGUUUAAUAAUGGGGGGACUCUUGAAGCUGGGGUAGGCAGAAAUCUGGAAAGGGCAGCCCACCCCCCUCUUUCCCAAGCCCCUCCCACCAGACAACCACAGGCCAACCACACUUCAUACAUUAGCCCAGUGUUUCCCCUACACCACUUUAUUUAAUUAAUUAUUUCAUUGUACGGUUGCCCGCAGGUCAUUCACCCACAAGAAUUAGCUGCUAGCAACCUUAGGGUCCCUCCUCCUCGCUCCGUGCCACUAUGGACUACUUCUCUUGGAGCAGAGCGGACACCAGCUUGGAAGAAGGGCCUUCGGUGGGCGGCUGUAUUGGCUCAAAUUCAGCCAGCGCAAACCCCCCAGCUCCAGGGUGUUACAGUUGGCUGGUGGCCUGCAGCAGCGCCAGGUUUAACCUGUGUAACGUCAACAACAAACGUUUGCUGACCCAGGGUGGAGUAUGGCUGUCUGUCCUGAGGCUGAGGUUUGUGCUGGCUGUAUUUGGUUUGCUGCAGGCGCUAACCGGAAGUCUGUCUCUGGAGCUGUCGCCUGCUCUCCUCCUGGGAAGGUGUUCUGUGGUGGCAGUCAGUGAGAUGGAGGACACACUAUGAUUUGAGGCUCUGAUGUUAGCUGAUGUUAGAAAUUGACGCCACAGCCGUGAGCCUUUGGUUGUGGUUAGCAGCAGGCUAAACAAUUAGAAAUAUUUUCUCCCCAUCUCUGAAAUACUUCGGCUAUAUUGACAUGUUUUAUUACUUUUAUUGCUGGACUCUUUUUUAGACUGUUUUUGUCAAAAAAGUCCUUCUUGCUUUGUUUGGGCUGCUUUGCAGGGUAGGCAGUUGUUGUCAAUGCUGGAAUAGCAACGUUCUCUGCAGGACUCUCCGCUAUGAAUCAGGCUUUAAUCGUCUAAAGGGACACGCACGUGCAUGUGUAUUCAUUGAGCAGUCAAUAAGAACACCGUCUCCCUAAAAUGACCUUUGAUAGGCCUGAAAACAGAGCCAAGAGGAAGUGCAGAAGUCUAGUUUUCUCUCACUCCACUUAAAUCACAAUAUGCUCAAAGUUUAUUAUGGGAUUUUUGCCCAAUAACGCCAAAAUUAAACUGCCUACUCCAGCUUUAAAAGCACCAUACCAGUGUGUAUGCAACAUUUAGCUCCUUAACUACAAGUCAUGCACUUAACAUUGUCACCAACAGUUUUUCAGUAGUAUGCAGCACAGUUUCAGAUCUGAUGUAUUUUACUUGCUGUUCCAGGCAGCCAUUAGUUUUUAUUUUAUUUAAGUGCGGAAUAAAAAUCAGCAAACACACUGUUGAAACUUGUUUGCCAAACACAUCCCAAGGGCAUUAUGCAGUAUUGUAGUUUAAAUUUAAAUUUAUUUGAUUAAAAUCUGCAAUAAUGGUGAAUAUUAAGAUAAUGUAACUGACAGAAAUUAAAUGCAGACUUAGUGGAUUAAACAACUCAAGCAAAUUUCAUACUGUAUGGAAAUGAAAGGAAACCAAUGGCUGCCUGAAAAUGUUCAAAAACAAGGACUAUAGAUUAUUUGGUUUAUAGAAUGCCAGAAAACAGAAAAUGUCUUACAGUUUCCUAAAACCCAAGUCUUCAUAUGUCUUGUUUUGUCAGACUGACACUCUAAAACCCGAAAAUAUUCAGUUUACUUUCACACGAGACAAAGCAAAGCAAGAAAUUCCCAGAAUUUAGAAGCUGGAUAUAGGGAAUCUUUGGUGUUUUGGCUUGAAAAAUGACUCAAGCGAUAUAAUUAUUGAAUCGAUCAAUCAUCAAAAUGUUUCAGAUGUACAAAAAAUUUAACUUAAACACAGCAGCAUAUUUUGUUUUUUGAGGGACUGCCUGUGAUGUGAACUAAAUGUGAUGUGCUGUGCAUGAGCUUGAACAAGCAGAUUUCUAACUUUAACAGAAUCUUUCUUUUCUGAUUUACAAAGUGAAGACUGAACAUGACCACGAAACCCGUGUUGCAGUGUUUGCAGGUUUUAAUGUGGUUAAAGGCUCGCACAGAAACAGCAACUGAGCUGCACCCCUUUGUUUUUUUAACUCCAAAACCUUUAACCCCGUGUCACCCCAAACAUACACACACACCCCUGCAACAUCACCCCACUGCUCGAAUAACCUCGUGGCCUUAGAGGCUGUCCUGUUGUCAUGGCAAUGUGCUCAUCAGCAUUCAGUGUGGUGGUUGGAUGGUCAGGACCUGAGGAGAGGGACAUAUUGUUAAAGUUUGUCCUGCUGGUGACUCACACUCCUUUCUCGCAUUUACAAGACACCACACACACACUCACACACACACCACACACACUCCUUCUCCGUCUCUGUGUUUUUUUUAAUGUGGUUUGGCUCUCCUCUCUGUAUGACCCUACUCUGUAAUCUGGCUACACUCCAUUUUGAAAGGAGAAAGUUUGGUGGAUUGUUUGUCAUUAUUGUUGAUAUUUCUGUCCUGAUCUGCUGCAGUACAUGUAUUAAUCUGGGCUUGGGAAAGCACUACUCUUAAACAUAUGACUUUUUUUUUUAAUCUGUUAAGUCAUGAAAGGGCAAUCAUUAUAAAUGUAAUAUUUGUAUACAGUAAAUAUACAGCAUAUUAUGCUCUGUCUCUAUUUUUACGUGUAAGUCAUGAUGAUUUGUGAAGCUCCAACGGGGAAUGUAUGAAGGCCUUAUUGUUUAGGCUUUAUUAUCUUCUGUAUGAGGUCGGUGUUAACAUGAAUAAAAUGGUGA